AGGUCAGUGACCGCUGGCUUGUGUGCCUGGAGGAUGUACCAGCCCGAGGAUUCAGGAGAUGGACGUCCACUGGAGGGGGAGAGGCUCCCAGAGCUGAGACGCCGUCUGAUGAGGACUCGGGGUGUGUGGCAGAUCCCACAACUCGAUGCUCGGAGUUCUCUAGACAUGCUGGCCCGGCAGCCCCCAGGGAGUUUCCUAGUCACAGGGUUUGGCUUGAGCCUGGCCCUCACGAUGAAUACAGACCCCCACAGGGAGGCCGUGGGAACCUUCCGUAUUCUGGAGACCCCUGCAGGAGUGGCCCUUCAGGGCUCCCAGCUCAGCUUUUCAGAUCUGCCUGAACUCCUGGCCUUUCUCUCUACCAGCAGGGACAUCCUGCCCCAGCCCCUGCUCCUUCCCCCCAGAUCCCUGGGGCCUGGAAUCCCUCUUACUGAGCCUCUCCAGAUUGGCGUGGUCUGGAUCACCUCCACCAACAGGGCCCUUUCCGUGGUGAAUCCCCUGUACUUGAGGGACCAUGGGCCAUGGGAACCCAAAGAGGAGAACUCAGAGCCAGUUGGGAAGGAUACCCUAGUCCCUCAGCCUCUGGGCCCUCACCGAGUCUCCUGGAUAGAAGGUCCUCCCAGUCCUGAGACUGAGCCUGAGGCCUGGUCCCUUUACAGCCUGGAGGAAGGGGAGGACAAGCUGGUGGACGCUGAUGAGGCCAAGGACAAAGGGGAGGAGGGGGAGGAGGACUCAGAGCCUGAGGAUGGGGUGUAUCAGAGAGUGCAGGCCCUGGCCCAGGCUCGGGGUGGCCUUGUGGCCAAGCAGCAUCGAGCCCUUCAGGCCAGGCUCAGGGAAGCCCAGGGAGGUCCCCGUGGGCCAGAGGCUGGGGACCCAGCCACUGAGCUGCUGCAGGACAUUCGUCAUCUUCUUACUGACCUCAAAGACCACCUGGUGAAUGACCCCGAGGUCCAGGCUGCCUACGGGGCCAGGACGGCCCCACCUACUAGGGACCAUGAGGAUCUAGAAGCCAAGGUGGAGGCAGCUGUGUGCUGGGUGGUGCUGAGGCCCCUCCAGCCAGUCCUGUGGAGCAAGCUUCAGAUGCUAAGGGCCCGGGAUCUCCAGCAGCUACAGUGGCGUCAGGAGGUUAUGCGGGCGUGGGCACUGCAGGAAGCCCAAGGCCCAGAAGCCCCCGUCCCCAGCCCAACCAGGCACCGAAUCCAUGCCCGCCUGGCUCGCCUGCACACUGCCUCCGCCCCACAGCGCAAGGUGGCUCUUCUGCUGGCCAUCUGCCGGGAUGUCUAUGAGGGCCUAGCCCAGAGCGGGAGCCAGGAACCCCUGGGGGCCGAUGACUUCUUGCCAGCUCUGACAGAGGAGCUUCUGUGGAGUCCAGACAUCGAGGCCACCCAGUUGGAUGUGGAAUUCCUGAUGGAGAUCCUGGACCCUGCAGAGUUGCUGGGGGAGACUGGAUAUUACCUUACCACUUGGUUUGGGGCCCUUCACCACAUAGCCCACUUCCAGCCUGCAGCAUCUGGGCCAGCCCUGAAAGGCCUCAGUUAUGAGGCCAGGGCCUCCAUCCGACUUUGGCAACGCCGUCGGACGCUCCACACCUCAGGCCGCACUGUGGCUAGCCCAUCCAUGCAACUGGAGAAACCUUGGGAAAGUCUGAAAGAGGACAAAUCUGGAACUGAGAUUGACUGCCUGCCAGCUGCUUCCUUUACCACCAGCGACCUGUGACAUUCGAGCCCACAAUCACAACUCAGAGAUGUUCCCCUGUCUCCUGCCUAACAAGCCCAGCCCUCCCUAAUCCUGCCCCAUGCAAAAACAAGAGACUUGAACACUAACCUCUGUUUUCACUCCUAUGUCUCCUUUGGGCUGGACUAGGGACCUGUAAGAAGAGACUGGAUACUGGGGUUCCUGGGAAGGGAGUAUCCAGAGCGAAGGUUCCAUCUGCCAUGAGCUCCUUCUCUCCCUCCCUCUCUCCGUCUUCCUCUCUCACUGUCUCUCUCUCUCUCCUCUUUUACUCCCAUGUUGCUAAUGAAAAGGUGGCCCUUCUCCUCCACGAGGCCCACAAAUCCAUAUACACCCUUGAUCCUGCCCCCUCCUGUCUCCUCACUGUUCCUGACCUCUUGCCCAGUCAGCCUCUGAUCUUUAAGCUUCCCCUCUCUUUUAGCUCUGACCCAUCUCCAUCACAGAAACUAAGAGCUGGCAGGGACC